AUGACGGCACUGCUACCGCUGCUUCGACGGCGCUGCUCGGGCGGUCACACUGCGGGUGCGUUGUUGGCUCGGGCUGCACGUGGACGCAGCGCGAGACGCGGCUUUCGUGCGCACGGACAGCGGUCGGCGGCGCUGCGACUCGACUCGGGCGCGUGUGGACUGCCGCACCCGCAGAAACGGGCCACGGGCGGAGAAGACGCGUGGUUCAUAUGCGACAAUACGGUCGGCGUGGCGGACGGCGUGGGCGGCUGGGCCCGUAAAGGGAUCGACUCGGGCGAGUAUUCCCGGACACUGAUGGCGUCGGCCGAGCAUAUGGUGACAGUAGCCACGGAGAGGCCGACGCCAUUGCAAGUGCUGACGGAAGCGCAUCAGAACGCACAGUGUCUGGGCAGCUCAACGGCGUGUAUCGUGCAGCUGGACGACGCGAUGCUGCGCGCAAUCAAUUUGGGCGACUCGGGCUUUUUGCUCUGUCGAUUGCAUCCGGACGAAGACGCGCGCGGUGCGCGAAAAUGGCAGAUUGUGCACGAGACGCUGCACCAGUGCCAUUACUUUAACUGUCCGUACCAGCUGGGCUACGGUGCGAACGGCGACACGCCUGAGAUGGGCGAAGUGUACGAGUUAAAAGCGCAGGAAGGUGACGUGAUCGUGCUGGGCACCGACGGACUCUUUGACAAUCUGUAUUCAGAGCAGAUUGCAAGUCUGUUGGACACAGUGUUACCAUCCACGCAAGAGGAGCAUAACCAGCUUAGCAUGGACAAGAUUGCGUCGUGCAUUGCCCACACGGCGCACGAGGUUGCAAAAGGUACCAAGACGAAGACGCCGUUUGCAGUAGCAGCACAGCAAGCAGGCUACGAGUAUCUCGGUGGAAAAAUGGACGACAUCACAGUCGUUACGAGUCUGGUGACGGGCGAUUGGGCACAGAAAUGA